AUGUUUCAGAGACAGUCUUGGCCACCGAGAACCGAUGCUGCUCCACCUCGACGUACACCUCCAUUACCUCCUCGUUAUGACUCAUCAUCGGCUGGUAAUAGUCCAUCUGUUAUUCACAGGAAGUUAAUUUUUGACGUACUAAAGCGCUUCAAACAAAUGGGGCAUGAUUGCCGUAGUGGCGGUUAUUUGAAUGAUUCCGAAGGGGUUCUGCAACUGCGUAUGAGAGGCAGCUUGUUCGUCGAACAGUAUUUCGCAGCUGAAGUUUUCACCAGUGCCAGAAGGUCCAUCGUACGUGAAUGUUAUGACCACGAAUGGGAAAGCGAACUACGAAAGGCUGCAGCAGCAGCAGUACGUGAACACUGCUGUGAUAAUGGUCAUGGCCGAAUUGAUGAUCUUUUUUGCCAGAAAACAUAUGAAAUUGGCUUGCCGCUGAAUUGUUGUCAUCAGUAA